CUUCUUUCCUCAUAGUGAUCAGAAACCACAUUAAGACCAAGGGCCUUAAUGAGGAUCGGAGAAGCACAACUGCUGGAUAGGAGUUGGAAGUAAAGUAACCGAUCAUGCUCAGGAAGGGUGAAUGGGUGUGGGUGAACUCGGACAUCGGGGUCCCCAUCGGAGCCAGAGUCAAAGAAACACCUUCAGGCCAGCGGUUCUUAGUGGACGACAAUGGAAAAGAGCAGCGCCUGUCCACAGAGGAUGAGGCCUCUCUUAAGAUCAUGCACCCCACAUCGGUGGAGGGGGUGGAUGACAUGAUCUCCCUCGGUGACAUGACAGAGGCCGGCCUCCUGAGGAACCUGCUGCUCAGACACCAGCGAGGCCUCAUCUACACUUAUAUUGGAUCAGUGUUGGUGGCAGUGAAUCCAUACCGGGAAUUUCCAAUAUAUUCAGCUGAACAAGUGGAGUUGUAUCACGGUCAGAAGCUGGGAGAACUCCCGCCGCAUAUUUUCGCCAUCGCCGAGUCCUGCUACUUCAACAUGAAGCGUAACCUUAGAAACCAGUGCUGCAUCAUCAGUGGGGAGUCUGGUGCAGGGAAGACGGAGAGCACCAAGCUGAUCCUGCAGUACCUGACAGCAAUCAGCGGUCAGCGCUCUACGCAGGAGAUAGAGAACCAGAUACUGGAGUCCAACCCAAUUUUAGAAGCUUUUGGAAACUCCAAAACAAUCCGUAAUGACAACUCUAGCCGCUUUGGGAAAUAUCUGGAGAUUUUCUUCAACAAAAAUGGCGUCAUUGAGGGCGCUCGCAUUGAGCAGUAUCUCCUGGAGAAGUCUCGUGUGUGCCAUCAGGCUUUAGGAGAGCGAAACUACCACAUCUUCUACUGCAUGCUGGCAGGCCUCAAACCAGAAGAGAAGAAAACUCUCAACCUCAGAAAACCCACAGACUACACCAUCCUCAAUCAGGGCGACUGCAUUGUGUGCGAGGGCAGGGAUGACGCCAAAGACUUUGAGCGCAUCCGUUCGGCCAUGAAAACCCUGACUUUCACAGAAAACCAGUUUCAGGACAUCCUCAAGCUUCUGGCGGCCAUGCUGCACCUGGGAAACAUCACCUUUGAGGCCAUCAUCCAAGAUAACCUGGAAACCAGUGAAGUCUGCAAGUCAAAACCUUUCAGUAACGCAGCGUCCUUGCUGGGGGUGAAGAAGUUGGCCCUGGAGAAAAGUUUGACCCAACGCUCCAUCGAGGCCAACAAAGAAAGAGUCACCAAACCCCUCAGUUCUCAGCAAGCAGCUGCUUGCCGAGACGCCGUCGUCAAGGCAAUCUUCAAUAAACUCUUCAAAUGGAUCGUAGAGAAAGUCAACAGUGUCAUCUACAAACGGCUGGCAAACAACCCCAAGUCGUCUUAUCUCUCCAUCGGCUUGCUUGAUAUCUUCGGCUUUGAAAACUUUGAAGUAAACAGCUUUGAGCAGCUUUGCAUCAACUACGCCAACGAGAAGCUGCAGCAGUUCUUCGUGGGCCACGUCUUCAAGCUGGAGCAGGAGGAGUACCGGAAAGAGGGCAUAGUUUGGAACAACAUCAAAUUCAGGGACAAUCAGGACGUCCUCAACCUGCUGGCCGACAAGCCCUGCAACGUGUUUGCCCUGAUUGAUGAAGAGAGCCAGUUUCCAAAGGGUACAGACCUGACUUUGCUUACCAAGCUGAACCAGCAUCACAGUGAAGAAAAAGGCUACGUCACAUCCAAAAGUGAAUACGACACCAACUUUGGGGUUAACCACUUUGCAGGGGUGGUCUACUACGACACCAACGGGUUCCUUGAGAAGAACAGAGAUGCCAUCAGUUAUGACAUAAAACAAAUGAUUGAUACGUCUACCAACAAGUUGCUGCGGCAGCUCUUCCAGGCGGAGCUCUCGUCUAAAGGAGGCAACGUCAUCAAAAACAACAAGGUUGUCAUGACGCCCGUUAGCUCUCUCAGGGGCCAAAACAACAAAAGUAAACAAAUUCCGACGCUGUGCGGUCAGUUCCGUCAGUCUCUGGACUCCCUCAUGAAGGCUCUGUCCAUCUGUCAGCCUUUCUUCAUCCGCUGCUUCAAGCCCAACAACGACAAACAGUCCGAGACGUUUGACAGGGAACUGUGCAUGAGGCAGCUGAGAUACUCCGGCAUGCUGGACACCAUCCGCAUCAGGAAGCUGGGAUAUCCUGUCCGCCACUCCUACGAGGCCUUCCUGAAACGCUACAGGGUGCUCCUGAAGACCACUAUCUGUGACCCCAAAACUAGUAAAGCUGCAACCUGCUGCGAAGCCAUCUGCAAGGCUGUGAUUGGAGGAAAGGACGAAUGGAAGAUGGGCAAGAAUAAAAUUUUCCUGAGGGACACCCAUGAUGCCGUUCUGGAACGGAGGCGGGAGGAGGAGCUCAGCAGGGUUGCCGUGGUGAUCCAGAGGGUCAUGUUGGGACACAAAGACAGGAAGGUCUUUGUGAAGAAGAAGAGGGCGGCUGUGGUGUUACAGAAGAACUGGAGGGGUUACACGGAGAGGAAAACGCUGAAGACGCUUUUGAGCGGUUUUGGCCGUCUUGUGGCGAUUAUCCGUGGUCGUAAGGUUCGGCGUCAGUACCAGAGACAGCGAGCGGCAGCUGUCACCAUCCAGAGCCAGGUGAGAGGCCACAUGACGAGGAAGAACCUGAAGCAAAAGAAAGCCGCAGACCAUGAAAUCCUUGCAGUCAAUGCAGCCAUCCUGCUUCAGGCUCACACCAGAGGACUCCUGGCAAGAAAAGCAUACAAAAAAAUAAGGGAGGAUGCAAAAGUUGAAAGUGUUGAUACAGGGGCCUCCAAUUUACCAGAUGAGACAGAUGAAGAUGAUUUAAUCGGAUUGCAGCUUCAGCAGCGACUUGAGGAAGUCGCUGCACUACAAGCUGCCGAAAAGUCCGACUCUGACGAGGAAUCAGAGACAGAGAUGAAGUAUGAACUGCACCCUUCGUCCUCGGAUGAAAAAUCUUCCGACUCUGAGAGGAGCUCUCCGGAGCCGAAAGAGAUCCCAGAGCAGAAGUUGACGGAGUCAGAGUCGAGAAAGUCGACGGAUUCUCCUGCGGACACCAAGUCCAGAACUUCCACUCCUUCAGAGGAAGAGGAGGAAGAUGAUGAGUUUGAAGACGAGACAGAUCCCCUUUCGUUCUACAACUUUAGCAUCCGUUACUUCCAGCACAACGCCGACCACAAGCACACCUCCCAGAGGCUCAAGAAGCCGCUCCUGGUGCACGAGGAUGAGGGAGACGCUCUGGCAUGUCUGACUGUGUCGUGGAUCAUCUUACGUUUCAUGGGAGACAUUCCUGAAGGUAAACACGCGGACACCGUAUCCCAACUGUCCAGCACCAUCAACAGUGCGCCCAACAGGCGCGGCCGAAGGCUGAGCAGUCUGGUGGGAUUGGACCAGAAAAUACUGAGGAGGAACAAGAAAAAGAUGGGAGGUGGAGCCAGGAAACCUUCGGCUAUUCCUGAAGAGCCAGAGUACCUGCAAGAAGAUGAGGACCUUUUGGCUGGAGAGGGUACGACUUUGGAUCGACCACUCACACCUCUGGAAAAGCUGCAUAUAAUCGCUGGAUACGGUCUGAGCAGAAAAGACACCAGGGAUGAGAUUUACUGUCAGAUCUGCAAGCAGCUGGUGAACAACAGGAACCGGAACAGUCGGGAACAAGGCUGGAGGCUCCUCUCCCUCUGUCUGGGGAUCUUCCCUCCAACCGACCUCUUCAUGAAGUAUUUAGAGAAGUUUCUUCAAAGAGGCCAGCAGGGUUACAAGGAGUACUGCACCAAGCGCCUGCAGCGCAUUGUAGCCAACGGAGAACGAAAGGAGUUGCCCUGUUGGUUGGAGCUGCAGGCCUCUGUCAAGAAGGAGCCUAUAGAUGUGGUUGUGAAGCUAACAGACGGUCGAAGUAUAAAUAUGGAGAUCGAAUCUGCCUCCACUUCUGCUGAAGUCUGCCAGUCAUUGGCUGAAGAAAUCGGGCUAAAAGACACCUUUGGAUUCUCCCUGUACAUCAGCCUUUUCGACAAGAUGUGGUCCCUGAGCAGCUGUGGGAAGCACGUGCUGGAUGCCAUGUCUGUGUGCGAGCAGGAGAUGAGGAGGCAGGGCGGCGAGGAGAAGGACACUCCCUGGAUGCUCUCCAUCCGCAAAGAGAUCUUCUCCCCCUGGCACGACUGCUCCCGGGACCCCAUCAGCACAGAUCUGAUCCACAAGCAGGUCAUCAAGGGGCUCAAGACUGGAGAUUACACCUGUGAGAAGGAGGAUGAAUACGUUCUAAUAGCAGCGAUGCACUGUUACAUCCGGUUUAGCUCAGACCUCACCAAAGAAAACGUCCAGAAGGUGGUUCAGGAGUGCAUUCCCACCACCCUUAUUGAGAACAAAUCCAUGGCCAAAUGGGUGCAGCUCAUCACUGCAAAAGUCUCUGAGGGAGCACAAGCUAACAACCACCCGAGUUCAGAACAAGUUAAAGGAAGGCUGGUGGACACUGUCCGGGAGAAAUGGCCGCUGGACUUUUCAAAGUUUUAUGAAGUUACCAUGACAUCAGGACCUCCUUUGCCAAAAAAUAGGUUUGUAUUGGCUGUAAACUCAAGUGGCAUCUGUUUCAUGGAAAAAAGAGACAGGACACUCCUGGACAUUCCCUACAUAGAAGUAAAAAAAGUCGAGAUGGAGAAGGACAAUGCCCUUUCUGUAAACCUGAGUACGAUCAAGGGAGAGUUUGUGCUGAAGUCCACGGAGGCAGAUGACAUGAAGGAGCUUCUGCAAAAUAAUGUAGAAGGCCUCAGGAAGCGUUCUGAGUACGCAGUGGCUCAGCAGGACUUCAGUAAACCAGGGGACCCCAUGUGCCUGGCAUGCAAACGAGGUGACUUGCUGAUGGUGAGAAAGGAUGAUAAUAAAUCAUCCAAACAGGGCUGGGUCCAAGCAGUCAACAAGCGAAGUAAAACUUCUGGUUCUGUCAAAGAGGAAAACAUCCUGUUCUUGCCAACUUUAACCGAACCCACAGAAGAAAUGCUGAACCUGCUGAGUCCAAAACAGAGGAAAAUGUCUCUUGCAAACAACGCUCUUCUGGGAGAAGAGACCGUCGCUCCAGUUUCUUUGAAAGAAUUUGCUCUGGAGAAUUUCAGAUCUGGCAGCAAAGGUGUGGGCAAAGGAGCCAACAAAGAGAAGCUGUGGGUUUCAAACAAAGAGCCUCUCAAGCAGCCACUGUUGAAGACGUUGGUCAACAACCAAGAACUCAGCGUUUUGGCCUGCAACGCCUUCACUGCCAUCCUAAAGUACAUGGGCGACUACCCCAUCAAACAUGCUCGCAGCCCAAUCGAGCUGACGGAGCAGAUCUUUGGUCCAGCCACUCAGCACAUAGACCUGCAGGAUGAGAUCUACUGCCAGAUUAUGAAGCAGAUGACUGGGAAUGCCAGCAGGCUGAGCAUGGAGCGCGGCUGGCAGCUGAUGUGGCUGUGCACGGGCUUGUUCCCACCCAGUCCAAAUUUGAGGAAUCACACCAAGCGCUUCCUUGAAUCUCGCCCCAGAGACCCGCUGGCUGCCGUCAGCCUGCAGAGGAUACAAGAGAUCUGCAGUAAGGAGCCCAGGAAGCUUCCUCCCCAUCAGGCAGAAGUGGACGCCAUCCAGCAGAACAGCACCGUGAUCUAUUAUAAAGUCCACUUUCCAAAUAACACGGAUGAAAUAUAUGAGGUGACUUCAACAACCACAAUCAAAGACCUCUGUUUAAGCAUUGCCUCUCAGCUGGGACUGACCUCUGCUGACGGAUUUGGCCUGUACAUGAAAACGACUCAGAAGAUUGUGAGCCUGGAGGAGCAGAAGUAUUUCUUUGACAAUCUGAGGCAGCCGUUUGAAGCGCCUAAAAAAGGAAAAAAAACAAAAGAAGCCACACCGGGAAACAUUCCCUGCCUGGUGAUCUUUAAGAGGAAGCUCUGGUUCAACGUGAUGCCAGGGAAAGAUUUGGUCGCUGACCUCAUGUUCCAUUUUCCACAGGCCAUGCCCAAGUACCUGCGAGGAUACCACAACUGCACCAAAGAGGAUAUGUUUAAUUUGGGUGGACUGCUGUUCAGAGCUCUGGUGGACUCUGACAGAUCGCAGUUUGUCAUGAUCCCCCGAAUGCUCAAAGAACUGGUCCCCGCUGACCAGAUAUCCAUCAUGUCUCCCGAAGACUGGAAGAAGAACAUUAUUGCGUCAUACAACAAGCAGAGCGGCAUCACCGUGCAAGAAGCCAAAGUUGCAUUCCUGCAAAAUAUUUCAAGCUGGCCGACCUUUGGAUCGGCUUUCUUUGAAGUUAAGCAAACAUGUGACAAUUCUUAUCCAAAUCCACUUUGGAUUGCCAUCAGCAAGCAAGGUGUCAGCUUGGUAGACCCAGUUUCUAAGGAACAGCUGAUGUUGCACCAAUUCAGCCGGAUUACAGAAUACGGACACAAAGGCAACACCUUCCAGAUGACCAUCCGUACUCUGGUGCAAGGCAUCAACUUUGUCUGUGAAAGUCCAAUGGCGUAUGCAAUGGAAGACCUCAUCAGGUCCUACGUCAAGAUGUAUGAAGGACAGAAGCAAGUGGUGCGGCCGAAAAACAACCUGUUUUUCAGAGGCUUCAGUGGCAAAAUAAGGGACUGAGCCGUUCUAUUUUAUAUGCCCCAAAGGGCAAAGCCCACAUGUACACUUAAAGGAUGAAACGAAACCGUACAUACUGUACGCCUAUAGCUUGUUUGAAUUCUAUUGUCUUAUAUUUUGUGUGUUUUAAAUUUUGUUGCUUUGAUUAUUGUUUUUAUCUCUGAAAUGUCCAAGAAAAUCUGUGUGCUACUUAUCUCUAUUAAUAAACUUUAUUAUGGUCAA